AUGCCGCUUACGCAAGAAAAACGCUUGGAUAGUAAUUUCACUAACAACAAUGAUCAAAGCUAUUUGCAUAAGAAGUUCAAAAAAAUGGCAUCCACCAUUUCUGUCUUUCCAACAAACGCCCCUAAAUGCGAGGAAAACAGAAAAAAAGAAACGAGCGCUUUUGCUUGUAGCACUUCAAUUUCAAACGGAAGCAUUGCAGCUGCACAUCCUGAAAUAGAGAAAAUCAAAGAAAAACAAGUAAGACAGAGCAGAACCGGGCGAUAUAUAUGCCCUUAUUGUAAAUUAUCAUGUGCCAAGCCUUCAGUUCUUCAAAAACAUAUCAGAGCUCAUACGAAUGAGAGACCUUAUCCUUGCAUACCUUGUGGAUUUGCUUUUAAAACGAAAUCUAAUCUAUACAAACAUAGAAGAUCCAGAACACACGCAUUAAGAUUGCAGGGUACUGAUGUAUCUGUUCCUAUAAACGAAGAAGACCUAUCUGGUGGGUCAGAAAGCGAUACCUCUAUACCUCCAACUUCUCUUUCUGACACUGGUUCAGAGGCUUCAGUUAUUCGAGUAGAUUAUUGCACAACUAAUGAUAUCUCUUCACCAGAAUUAACACAUGACUGUCAUACGCCACCAGUAACCACAAACAUUUCUUUAAAUGAUGGAAAUAAAUCAAAGACAAUUUAUAAACCUAAAUUCAGAGCAGCAUUUUAUCAAGGAAUUGAUGAAAAUGACAAGAUAAAAAAAACUAUUUCAACUAAUGCUGACUUUCUUACGGAACAUAUCUCUAAAAUUAUAUCGGAUAAUGAGGCCAUUGUUGAUGUUAUAGAAACACCUUUACAAAAGAAAUACGGAAAAAUAAAGCAAAUAGCUGAGAGUAAGCAAUUUAUAAUUGAAUCAGAGAUAAAACGAGAAUCUUCUCCGUUAAAUUUAACGAAGAAUAGUUCGAACGCUGAUAACAUAUUUCGAAAAAGAUCUCAUUCUGAAAGUUUCUCUCAAAUUGAGGAUCAGAAACAUCCUCUUAAUCCCGAAGGUUCCAUAAUUAAGGAUCUUCUUCUUAAAAGUAAAGCUAAUGGGUUAACUACGAUUUCAGGCGAUUUAAUAGAUGGAUUAGGAUCUUUGUAUAUUUGCCCAUUGUGCCAAAUAAUUUUUCGGAGUGUUGAUAACUUAGAAACCCAUAGACUUUACUACUGCAAAGGAAACAUGUCCGCGAAUUCCGUUGCUGCUAAUAACCUUCAAAAAGAAAUAAAAAUAGGCAGACCAGAAAAUAUCUAUGUCAGAAGUAAUUCUAUAAACGUUCGAUUACCAGAAACACAAUUACAUAGUCCUAAAAUAAGUAUAUCUGCAAAAUCACCGGCUUCUAAAAGUAAACCUGAUAACCUUGUUAUUUUAAAACAAGAGUCCAAUGAUGUUAUAGCACCCUUGCCAUCGCCUGGUCCAUUACUCGGUAAUACAAGGCUUGUUGAUGCAAGGACACCAACAGAAUUUAAUAGAAAAACAGAAAAUAUAAAGAUCAAGCCCAAAGAACAGAGUCCAAAAAGAAGAAUGGAUAGUCGUUCUGAUACAUACAGUCCAAGGCUAUUAGAAAACAUUUCACCUCGCUCGGCUGAUUUAUACCCACAACCUAAAAUAAGAUGUACGGAAACAAACGCAGGAAAUUUACGCACAAUUGAGGAAUUAUCACCGCACAUAAGGCAUAAUUCUACCUCUCUUCAAAUGUUUGGAGGUGAAGUGAAAAUUGUUGAUCACUUGGGUAGUACUACCACUUUACGCAUAGAACCAAGUAAAAAUCAAUUGUCACCUAUUUUAAUACAGCAAAAUCUUUCUCCAUCGAAAUAUGGUUCUGAAUUUGAGGCAAGCAGCGUAGUAGUACGAUCUGGACUGCACUCAGGGGGGACAAUUGUGCAUAAUCCACCAACACCAAAAGAAAUUAUAGCUACGCCGCAACCACAAACUACAAGGAUUCCAAUUUCGACAGUUGACAUACAAAAUUCAAAUUUACUUACCAUGCACGAUAUGUCGCAUUUUCCUUUCCCACCUUUAAGUGCCAUAACAGCAUAUAAUCCAUUAACAUUACCUCCACUUAGUCCAUCUUCUUCACCAAACGGAGCUACCACAAUUUUACAUGGCGGAAAACUUAUACCACACGUACCGGGGAUGCCAGGGCCAAACACAGCAGCUGCCUUUAUUGGAAACAGCACGGCACCGCAAAAGCUUACAAACAACGAUAUACAUAAUUCUGUUUUGCUUCCUGAAAACAUUCAGAACUGCUUACCAAUUACUAGUAAAGUAAAAGGAACUAUAGUAUCAAACUAUGAACAAACACUAAACGAUAGAAAUUCUGGUUCUAGGCCUGUUGUCACAGAAUUAGAUAAAUAUAAUAAAAACCACGACUCUUACAAUGCUGAAAUAUCACAUUAUGCAAGUAACAUACCCAUUAUAAAGGUAAAAAAUACAGAUGACACGAGUAUUACAACAGUAGCUAAAACUUAUUCUUCGAACGUUGUAAGACUGGUAACCGCAAGGCCAGAUUUGGCGUAUAAAAGAAGUUCUGAUGGAAUGACGAAAACACCAGUUUUAAAAGAAAAUACGAAUCAUCCUCAACACAAGUUGAGAAACAAAGAUUUAGUUUCCCAACCAUCAACUAAAACGAUUGAGUUAAAAUCUGAAAACGAGAUAAGAAAUUUUAACUUCGAAAAUCUUAUUACGAAAGCUGAGAUAUAUAACAAUCAAAUACAAAGUUCUUCUGAAGUACAGAAAAAUACGAAUGCUCAAGAAACAAUUGUUACUUCUGUCCAUAAUGAGAGAUCAGAGACAUUUUAUUUCCAGAAAAAUUCAGCAGCACGUCCUGCUGUUGAAGAUAGGAAACCAAAAUUUUUGAGGCCAUCUACCUUACCACUUAAACCUGGUACAUUCACACCAAAAAGACAUCACGGUAUUACACCCAAUGCAAAUACAAUGCCUUUGGUGUCCCCAGAAACCCCUCGCCCGGCUAAAGCUUACGGACAAUUAUAUCUAAAUGGAAACGCGUAUACGUAUUUGGGAUUAAAAUGUUCAACUAAAGUUUUCUACUGCACUAUUAACCGCCCUCAGCCGACGUAUGUGCCUAAUCAGCAUUUUCUAUCAAUGUACAGCAACUGGCAGUUAUUAUCUGAACUGACGCCAGACCCGCUGGGAUUGUCAGCAUCGUCCGCAAUGUCUUUGUAUGACUCACGCCAUCGACCGCAAAAUGUAACCGUAGCUGUGAUUAAGCAGGAUCUCAUAUUGACUCAUUCAUCGCAGUGGAAUAAAAAUUCGAAAGAUAAUCAACAGGUUAUUACGUUAAUUGAUAGUAAAAGAACAGAAGAAUCAAAACAACAAUCGUCCGACACGACAGUCACUCCCAAAAAAGAAUUAACAGGAGGUUUUGAAAGUAACGAAGAGUAUACAUACGUCCGUGGUCGCGGCAGAGGUCGCUACGUGUGUUCGGAAUGUGGAAUUCGCUGCAAAAAACCAUCGAUGUUAAAGAAACAUAUUCGAACGCACACCGAUGUUCGACCUUACACAUGUACUCAUUGUGCAUUUAGUUUCAAAACUAAGGGAAAUUUGACAAAACACAUGAAAAGUAAAGCACAUUAUAAGAAGUGUUGUGAAUUAGGAAUAAAUCCCAAUGAAGAAAAUGAAGAAGGUUCAGAGAUGACACAUUGUUCAGGAGAAACAGAUGAUGAAACAGAUUCGGAGGGUGAUGAGGGAAAUGAAGGCGAAACAGAAUCAAGUGAUACGGAGAUAUACAAAUCGCGUUUGCCAGAACAUGAAGCUGCUCAUUGUUUACUUUCGUUGGGAGGUUGUCGUCCGGCAACAUCGGCAACUCCCGGACUGAUAACAAGUGCUCGACCUUCCACUUACCCAUACACACCGGUGGGAAUUGAUAGUGUCCCAUUAGAACCAAAUCCCGAAAAAAAUCACGUGAUUAGAAAUAAUUCGGUAGACUCAGCAAUGGAUACCGAUAAUGAACCUAUGGAUUUAAGCCGAAGUGAUGGAAAAACUGCAAAUAUACCAGAAAUUCCCACGGCGAAAGAGUCAAGUGUUCUUGCUUCAUUAGCAUCAAAUACGGCAAAACUACCACAACAUAAUAGCCAGUGGUCGAAUGGGGAACCCAUGUUGCAUACAUAUUUAACAGAACGUGCUUUACUAGAUUCAAAGAUAAAGCAAAGUCAACUUUCAUCCAACUUAAGCAAAUUAAAAAAAAUUGAUUUAGAGAAAUCUAUGUUCAUUAAAUCGGAUGAAGCACUAGACGGCAACAAUGUGCUCACCACGACUACUAUCAGCAUUACGACACCGAUUACAUCACCCCAAGUAAACAUAUCAAAAGUGCCCGUUGUUAGUGCAAAUAAUAAUGUUGUGAAAACAUCGACAGAUUCUAAGGAUGAUAGUAUAGCAGGUAGUGAUACAUCCCGUUCUAUUAGUUUUAACGUAGAGACUAAACGAGCCCGAACUCCAAAUAAUAAUUCCGAAAAUGCUAAACAUGUAGUCUCGGAGUACCUUAAACAUGCACGAAUCAAUCACAUUAAAACGCGAGAAGAAUCAUACCAAAAUCAAACGGAUAACUCCAGUGACGAGAGCAAUAGCGGUAAAGGUAAUAUGGAAGAGAAAACUAAAUCUGACGAUCUUAAUAUUUCGGAAACUGAAUCGUUAAAAAUGCCGUCCUUAGAACACGAACCCGUUGCUCGAAAAGUUGUAAUUGGAGUUGGAGGAGUUGCGUUUAAGGUGACAAAAGGAAAAGAAUUUGAAGGGUCAUCAUAUUCACCGGGUAGGUUAAUGGAAGAUGGACGUAGAGUGUGUGAUUUUUGUAACAAAACAUUUACUAAACCUUCCCAGUUACGACUGCACUUGAACAUACACUAUAUGGAGAGGCCUUUUCGAUGUAGUGUUUGUGCUGUUAGUUUUAGGACAAGAGGUCAUCUCCAAAAGCAUGAACGUUCCGGUUCUCAUCAUAAUAAAGUUUCUAUGACCUCUACUUUCGGAGCAGCAACAUCAUUCAAUCCUCGCCCGUUCCGCUGUUCUGACUGCAACAUAGCUUUUAGAAUUCACGGCCAUCUAGCCAAGCAUCUAAGAAGUAAAAUGCAUGUUAUGAGGUUGGAAUGUUUAUUUAAACUACCGUUUGGUACUUUUACGGAAAUAGAACGUGCUGGCGUCAGUUUAACAGACAUUGACACAACAGAUUGUGCAAGUUCUUUAGCCAGUUUACAGUCACUUGCUCGAAAACUGCACGAGAAAGAUCCUACGAAAUUAGAAUAUCGAGAGCCUAGCGGCGCUGUAGCGGUGCCUCCUGCUGGCAGGGAAACUUCUGAGGACGAAGACGCUGCUGUAUUGGAAAACAUUUGUGAAAAUGAAAAGGACAGUGAUAUGAAAAUUAUGGAACAUAGUAACGGUCAGGACGUUGAAACAAGGAUUAAUUAUAGUGCCACAGAUAAUUAG